AUGUCGGCUGAUAAAGGUGUGCCUACUGAAAAUGAGAAUUUUUACUCCAAAAGCAAAUUUUACUGGAGGCAAGUGGAAGCGAGCUGCUCGGGCAUGUUGGGCGGAUUUACCAAUGUAAACACCGUUGAUGCUGAUGAGUCCCUCGGACUUCUCAAAAAGAUUCUUGGGCAAGCUACAUUUGAUACACCAUCGCGGGUACUGGAUUGCGGUGCUGGUAUCGGGCGCGUUUCAAAAUACGUCUUGUCUCACUUCUUUGAUGAAAUUGAUCUCUUGGAACAGAAUGAGCUUUUCCUACAACAAUCAAAAAAUUUUAUGGGCGAGAAAUACUCAAAAGUAAAGCAUCUUUUUGCUCAGGGGAUGCAAGACUUUCAGCCUCUACCAGAUGUAAAAUACAGCUGUAUAUGGCUUCAGUGGUGCAUCGGCUACAUCAACGAUGCUGAUUUUGUCAUCUUUUUAGAAAAAUGUGCGCAAAUUCUCACCAAACCCAAUGGUUUUAUUGUGAUAAAGGACAAUGUUACCAGGACAGAUGAAUGCGUCGUCGACGAAGAAGAUGGUUCAGUUGCGCGUUCUGACGAAGCUUUGAGAACCAUUUUUGCUCAAGUUGGCCAACUUCAAGUCAAGUGCGUCGUAAAGCAAAAGAAGAUGCCAAAAGGAUUGUUCCCAGUAAAAAUGUACGUCCUUAAGUUAAAGGAUGAAUAA